CCGAUUCUCUCUUUAACAAAUUUUCUGCAGUUUCUGCAAUUGUAGAAGUUAAUGUAGCUUGACACACGAGCAGUUCAAUCUAUCAACGGGCUUUUGUUCGGGCUUGUAUAUAGAUUUAUACUUGUGCUGUAAUGGGGGGUGAGCAGGUGAUAGAUUCGUGGUUCAGUAAUUUGUGGAGGACUUCACGUAAGAGCAUGACAUUGGAGCCUGAUAAGGCUGUGAUUGGGAUUUUGGCAUUCGAGGUUGCUAGUUUGAUGUCUAAAGUAGUUAAUUUAUGGCAUUAUCUAAGUGACAAGCAGAUCGUUAGACUGAGAGAAGAAAUUGUAAACUCACUUGGGAUUCAGAAACUAGUUUCGGAUAACGAUUAUUACCUUAUGGAUCUUGCUCUAAUUGAGAUAGUUGAGAAAUUGGAAUGUGUGGCAAAAUCGGUUGUUAGGCUUGGGAAGAGGUGUGUGGACCCAGUGUAUCAAAAUCUUGAACGUAUUUUUGAUGACUCAGUUGAGAUUGUUCUCAAUUGUUGUGCGUGGGAAUAUAGGCCGAAGAAGAUGGAGAGGAAGGUUAAGAAAAUGGAGAGAUUUGUUGCAGCUACAGCACAGUUGUAUCAAGAGGUGGAAGUGCUGGCUGAGCUUGAGCAGAGUUUGAGGAGAAUGCAAGUCACUACUGAUUUAAGUCGAGUGAAAUUGCUUGAGUUUCAGCAGAAAGUUAUGUGGCAGCGUCAGGAGGUGAGGCAUCUGCGUGAGAUGUCUCCUUGGAUAAGAACAUAUGACUACACUGUACGACUACUGCUCAGAUCUCUUUUUACUAUAGUCAAGAGGAUCAAACAUAUAUUUGGGGUGAACCAGAUAGGCGCUGUUGAGGGAACUAAUGAUCCGCAUCAUUCAAAUACGGAUGGUCUGGUCCGCAGCCAUUCUAUUUCUGCUCUUAUGCAAGCUGCAGUUCAUCCGUCUGGAAGUAACCUGUCUAAGUUUUAUUCAGCUCCUCUGGAGAGGUCAGCUUCAAAUUUGGAGCUAAGUAGUGGUAGAAAUAAAUCAAACAAUAAGAAAGCACAUGCUUUUAUCCUUUCUGGAAAGCACCCACGGAUGAAAACCAGACGCUUGGCUCAAGCUGGGCCUUUCGGAGGAUGCAUGAUGGCUGGAAGAACUUCACCGGUUCUGCAGAGUUGCAUGCCAUCAAGUAGUGGCUCUCUGAUGUCAACUUGUGUAUUUCUACCAGAUGGUGCUAGCAUAAAAAAUACCAACCGCAUGCAGUAUUCCUAUGGUGACACAAUUUAUAGAGAAGUGUCACUAUUCCAUUCCAAGAGGAAGUUGUUGGCAGCUCCUCCUUCUACUCUUGGUGAUGCUGCUUUGGCUCUUCACUAUGCAAAUGUCAUCAUCCUGAUUGAAAAGCUAGCUUCGUCACCUCAUUUGAUCAGCCUUGAUGAUAGAAAUGAACUGUACAAUAUGUUACCCACAAGUGUCAGAAAAUCCCUGAGGGCAAAGCUGAAGGUAUUCAUCAAAACAUUGGCUUCAUCUGUUUAUGAUGAAGCCCUCGCAGUAGAGUGGGGUUUAGCUCUAAUAAGGAUAUUAGAAUGGUUGGCACCACUUGCUCACAACAUGAUAAGGUGGCAUUCUGAGCGAAAUUUUGAGAAGCAGCAUAUAGUUUCUGGGACAAAUGUGCUUCUUGUCCAGACCUUGUACUUUGCAAGUCAAGCAAAGACCGAAGCAGCAAUUGCUGAGCUUCUUAUGGGCCUCAAUUAUCUCUCACGGUUUGGUAGUGAAUUCAAUAAAAAAGCCUUCCUGGGGUCUGGAUGCAGUAGAACUUGUCUCAAUUAUUUGCUUUACGAGGAUAACAUCGUCCAUGGUGUGAUUGAUCAGACCACAUAAGAGAUUUCUCAUGUAUAACUAGACAGCUAAUGGCACAAAGUUCAUGAAGAGCUCCAUUUCUUCUUGGUCAACUGUGCAGUGCAGUUUUCGGAUUCUUAUGGAGGUUGCUUAUUACAGAGCGGGCAUUCUUCCAGCAUUUUUAAGGUAGUGUUUUGACUUUGUGUGCAAUUUCUUUACUUCUUUUGGUGUAAACCUUCAUCUAAUUGCAUUAUUUUAUGAACAUCCCCUUGUUUUGUUUAUAUAACGAAUGAAUUUGUGUCUCACAACCAGUUUCUGGCAAAACCAUACCUAUACCAUUAAGAUGUAUGUGGC